AUGUGCAAUAUGAUGAUGGUGCAGCACGCCCUGCCUUCGUUCGUCGAGGACCCCGCCUCCGAACGCGCCUCCACCAAGCCAGUCUCGCUACCGAUGCUCAACGUCGCCCUCCGACGGCAGCUAACUGCGACGAUCUCUGGCCCGGAGCGCUAUUCGCGCCGCGCAGAUGGCGUCUCGUUCCAGAGCGAAGCCUUCCGACUGCGCACUCAGGCCAAGAUCUCGGAGCUAGUGCGCACGGCCACCGCGGCCUCAACCGACGACUGCAGCACUAAUGCGUUGCUUGCCAAGAAGGCGCUCAAGUACCGACGCGUGUUGGAGCGACGUCCGCUCGCAACCGCCACUGCCGUGCAGUGCUGA